AUGAAAUCGAAUGAUCCGGAAGACAUUGAAUUAUUUGAAAUUAUCUCCGAAAUGCUUACGUAUGAACCCUCACAGCGCAUAAAACUUGGUGCUGCAUUGGAGCACAAAUAUUUCAAACGUCUGGAUCCACAACUCAGGUUGCAUGAGAUCGCCGGUUCAUCAAACGGGUCAUCAGAAGCAUCAUCCAUAACAGCAGCAGCAAUGGUACUUGGUGCGGGUGAAGGAGACGGUGAACAACGAUAG